AUUAGCUUCAUGAUGAAUUUAGUGGCUCACUAGAUCACACUUAUGGAAAUGCUCAAGURAUUUCGACUUUAUUUUCUUUCUUGGCGAAAAAAGUUAUGUUCAUACUAUGGAAAUGAUAUUGUAAUAGUCAACUUCUUUAAUUAGUAUCAUGAAAGGAUCCAGCUUUUGGGYGUUUUUGAGUAUCUUUAUUAAUUUUGAUUUGUGUGCCGUUUCGAGCCAAAAUAUCCCGACGUUUCCAACACGCGAGAACGAAAUAAGAACUGGACUGUUUUCUAACAUCGAAGGCUUUGCAAAUAUCCAGAUAUUCAAGACCCUUCAAGUGGACAGCUCGAUAACGUGUACUUCUACAUGUCUAGAAGAUUCAAAGUGUCAGUCAGUCAACUACCAAAUAGAUGGCUAUCCCAAACACCUUUGCGAGCUGAGCGAARAGAUAUUUAUAUCAAAAGAUGAGCUGGAUAUAAAAGAAAGGCCUGGUUACAUGCAUAUAUACGCAAUCAAGGUGAAAUAUAUAAUCUCAAAGUAUCUCAUUGCCAUAUACAUAGUAGAAAUGUCUUAUCAGAAUAAUUGGUCAAGGAAAGUGCAGAAUUGGCUCGAGUGGAUUCGUUCAGAAGUAUUUUAACUGAUUUUUAUGAGAUGAUU